AUGAAUGUCAAUGUAUUUCAGUUUUGGGAAGUGAUAUCCGAUGAACAUGGAAUCGAUCCUACAGGAUGUUAUCGUGGUGAUUCCGACUUACAACUGGAACGGAUAAAUGUUUAUUACGUCGAAGCCACAGGUGGAAAAUACGUCCCACGAGCCUGCCUCGUGGACCUGGAGCCCGGAACUAUGGACUCCGUGCGAGCCGGGCCGUUCGGACAGCUGUUUCGACCGGACAACUUCGUGUUCGGACAAUCCGGCGCCGGCAACAACUGGGCCAAGGGCCACUACACCGAAGGCGCCGAGUUGAUCGAUUCCGUGCUGGACGUGGUGAGGAAGGAGGCGGAGAGCUGCGACUGCCUGCAGGGCUUCCAGCUGGCGCACUCGCUGGGCGGCGGCACGGGCUCCGGCAUGGGCACGCUGCUGCUGUCCAAGAUCAGGGACGAGUACCCUGACAGGAUGAUUCUCACCUUUAGUGUCUUCCCGUCGCCCAGGGUGUCGGACACAGUAGUGGAGCCGUACAACGCGUGCCUCUCGAUCCACUUGCUGCUGGAGAACACGGACGAGACGUUCUGCAUCGACAACGAGGCGCUGUACGACAUCUGCUUCCGCACGCUGAAGCUCUCGUGCCCCACGUUCGGAGACCUCAACCACCUCGUCUCCGUGACAAUGUCGGGCGUCACUACUUGCCUUCGCUUCCCGGGCCAGCUGAACGCCGACCUGCGCAAGCUGGCGGUCAACAUGGUGCCGUUCCCGCGCCUGCACUUCUUCGUGCCGGGCUUCGCGCCGCUCACGUCGCGCGGCAGCCAGCACUACCGCUGCCUGACGGUGCCCGAGCUCACGCAGCAGAUCUUCGACGCGAAGAACAUGAUGGCGGCGUGCGACCCGCGCCACGGCCGCUACCUGACGGCGGCGGCCGUCUUCCGCGGCCGCAUGUCCGUCAAGGAGGUGGACGAGCAGAUGCUGAACGUGCAGAACAAGAACAGCACGUACUUCGUGGAGUGGAUCCCGUACAACGUGAAGACGGCGGUGUGCGACAUCCCCCCGCGAGGCCUCAAGAUGUCGGCCACGUUCGUGGGCAACACGACCGCCAUCACGACGCUGAUGAAGCGCAUGUCGGAGCAGUUCACGGCCAUGUUCCGCCGCAAGGCCUUCCUGCACUGGUACCUCGGCGAGGGCAUGGACGAGAUGGAGUUCGCCGAGGCGGAGUCGGACGUGAACGACCUGGUGUCCGAGUACCAGCAGUACGAGGACGUGUCUCCGGAAGAGGAAGGGGAAUACGAAGACGAGUAG